AUGGCAUCCAGUAGUCCACCAUUCCAAUCACACCCAUGGCACCCAGUACUCCACCACUCCAAUCACACCCAUGGCACCCAGCAGUCCACCACUACAAUCACACCCAUGGCACCUAGCAGUCCACCACUCCAAUCACACCAAUGGCACCCAACAGUCCACCACUCCAAUCACACCCAUGGCACCCAGCAGUCCACCACUCCAAUCACACCAAUGGCACCCAACAGUCCACCACUCCAAUCACACCCAUGGCACCUAGCAGUCCACCACUCCAAUCACACCAAUGGCACCCAACAGUCCACCACUCCAAUCACACCCAUGACACCCAGCAGUCCACCACUCCAAUCACACCCAUGGCACCCAGCAGUCCACCAUUCCAAUCACACCCAUGGCAUCCAGCAGUCCACCACUCCAAUCACACCAAUGGCACCCAACAGUCCACCACUCCAAUCACACCCAUGGCACCUAGCAGUCCACCACUCCAAUCACACCAAUGGCACCCAACAGUCCACCAUUCCAAUCACACCCAUGACACCCAGCAGUCCACCACUCCAAUCACACCAAUGGCACCCAGCAGUCCACCAUUCCAAUCACACCAAUGGCACCCAGCAGUCCACCAUUCCAAUCACACCCAUGGCACCUAGCAGUCCACCACUCCAAUCACACCCAUGA